AUGGACGGCCACGAUGAUCACCGAGGACCAAAAGACUGGCCUCACCUCGCCCUUUCGGUCCACAGUAAAUCUGAAUACUGGCCUCACCUCCCCCUUUCGGUCUCCAGUGAGCUAGAAACAAAUGACCUACCAACGGAGGAAGAACAUGUUGAUGAGAUUUGCGCGCAGGUACCGACCUUCAUGUUCCUGCCACUUACACUGACCCAACACAGAAAAAAGCCAAAAUAUGUUGCCCUUCAGUAUACAACGAUUGACAUCGAAACCGUGCCUGAAUCUUCAACUGAGACAAUUGAGGCUAUUGAAUAUCAGGAAAAAUGGGAAACAGAUGUCGUGGGCUGGUUCAAAAAGAGCAACUACGAGCCCCUUAGGCACAAAACCCUCGACAGCGAACCCGUAUUUGAUUGCGAGCACGGUAUAGAAAGAUUUGCUGCAUACGGCCGGCUCGACCACGAAAUAUACGCUUGGAAUAUGAGACAAGAAUUGAAAGACAGCCCUGCAACACUAUCCAGGCAUCAUUGGGUGUUUGAAUUGUUCACAUUCUGUAUGGCUUGUGACCGUUACUUUCAUCAUGCUCAACAACAUGAAUGCGAUCGGAAUUGCACGCAAUGUGGAAAAAAUGUUCAUGGGGACCUAAAUCUCAGCCGCCACCAAACUUCUCACAACGACCAGCCGUUAAGAGGACAUGAUUGGUGUGGACAAGAAGUGCGAGUUGCAUAUAACCUGCAUUUACUAGGCUAUAGAGUGGGCGAUAUCAGUAAAGAAAUUCCUUGGAGAUCCGAAAUGGCAUUGAAAGCUGUCAUAAAAAAGCCCAUAUAUGGUUGCCUAGUCUGCCACAAAAUGUUUGUAAAUCGCAAGACACUAAAUUCCCACAGCAAAGAGAGACAUGGUGCAACACAGAAGCAGACGCAGCAUCACUGUUACAAAUGUGGCGAGGUCCACGAGUUGGAAGGUUGGGACGCCUGUCUUGGCAAACAGCACAGGCUGUAUUUGGGAGACCGAGCAGAGAUGGAUACCUUUUACGAGAUGCAGCUUAGGUUUCUCACCCAGAACGAUAGUUCAGACAGUCUAGAGCUUGGGCUGAUGGUCGGUGCGGCCCAUAUGGAGCGAUAUAAGUUUUUGUCCGCCCUGUGCACGCUUCUAAUCAAUAUACGGGGAGUCGGCACGCUUGAACGAAAGAUGAUUGCUCAAAUGCAGAGGGUAGCGCAACGUGAGGAGGAGUUCGUUUUGCAAGGAAAAGGAGUCAUCGAUGUAUCAUCUGGAAAUUUAGAAUGGUACAGGACACUCAGGUCAAAGGCUCCUGGAGGAGGCAAACGACCAUUUCUUAGUGCUACCGAGAUGGGCCUUGCUGUGUAG